AUGCCUGACAGGUUAUUCAAUAGAAAAAAAGGAAAUGCAUUUGAAAACUCAGAAGAUUUUAGAGAAUCAACAUCUCGACCUUUAUUGAGACGCUAUAUGUUAGCUGUUGUGGUGUUCUGCAUUGUUGCAAUUGGCGUCUUCAGGGCAGCUAUAUCGUCUCAUUCCAAUAAUAUUUUAUUUCCGAACAAAGGUUCACCCCUUAGCAAUGGAACAAACUCCUUCCUUCCUACUGUUAUCAUGAUUUCUUUGGAUGGAUUUCGAGCAGACUAUAUGUAUCGAGGUCACACACCCAAUUUGCUUCAGUUGGCUGAAAGGAACACUCAUGCACCAUUCAUGAUACCAGUUUUUCCUAGUAUAACGUUUCCUAAUCACUACUCUCUAGCGACUGGACUUUAUCCCGAAAACCACGGUAUGGUUAGUAACAACUUUUACGAUCCUAUUAGUGGAAAGUAUUUUGUAAAUACCCGUCCGGAAUGCAACAAUGAUCCAUAUUGGUGGACGCAGGCAGAACCAAUAUGGAUCAAUGCUGAACGACAUUCGAUUCGUUCUGCUAUCCACAUGUGGCCGGGAAACGAAGUUGCUCAUGAUGGGAUACGGCCCACUUAUUACACAUCGUUCAAUGCUAGCAUAACUCUUAACGAAAAAAAGGAUGAACUUCUUCAUUGGCUUGAUCAUACAGACGAUACACGACCACAAUUGCUUAUGUGUUACGUGCCUCACGUUGAUUCCGUUGGACAUACCUUUGGACCAGAUUCGCCGCAGCUCAACCUGAUUCUGAAAGAAGUUGACCACAUGAUUGGUAAUUUGCUUGAAGGUCUCAGUAAAAGAAACUUACAAGACGUCGUAAACCUAAUAUUUGUGAGUGAUCAUGGUAUGGCUCCUACAUCAAAUGAUCGCUUGCUUUGGUUAGAUGAUCUUUUCAACGUUUCAAAAGUUGAAUUUAGAGACGGUUGGCCCUUGGCUGGCUUUCGAAGUGAAUCUGAAUCAGACGAAACCUAUAUUGCUGAUAGCUUAAAAAAUGCAACUUCCAAAGCGUUGCCGGGAACUGAGUAUUGGCAAUCCUCAACAAAAGAAGAAAUACCAGAAAAUUUGCAUUAUUCAAAGAAUGAUAGAAUUGCUCCUGUUUGGAUGAUACCUGAUCCAGGCUGGUCAAUCGUCUCCUCUUUAGACCAUUCUCCUGAUGUUGAGUAUGAGCCAUAUGGCGUUCAUGGUUAUGAUAAUAAAUCCCCCCUAAUGAGAGCUAUAUUUACUGCAUUUGGUCCCGCCUUUGAGCCGUUCAAAUCGAAACAGUUAAUGCCUUUCCGUAAUGUUGAAAUUUACGAUAUAAUCUCUUAUAUAUUGAACCUACCGGCCAAUAUUACCAAUAGUUCAUUUCAUGGUGCCAUACCUACCAAGAAAUCCUCAAAUUCUACGAAAGAAUGGUUACUUCACGACAUCCAACAAGCGUACGAUGAGCUCAAGGCUCGUUAA